AUGCAAGACAAACCGCUCCGAAUUCGCCCCGAUUUCGAUACCGAUGUGCUCUGGAAGCCGCCAGUGGGUGAGUAAAUAUAGUUUUUUUUGGAAAAUUUAAAAAAAUUUGAGAUUUUUUUAAAAUUUUUUGGAUUUUUUUGGUUUUUUAAACGAGAUUUUUUGCAAUUUUUCGACCAAAAAUUUUUAAAAAAUCUGCUUUUUCAAAAUAUGAAAAUUUUAAAGCAAAUUAAAAAAAAAUUUUUUUUUUUUAUUUUUUUCACAUUUUUUUUAUUUUCAGCCCGCGUCCGCACCAUCAGCGUCGAUUCCAACGCCAGCGAAGACUCGCCGAACGCCUCCAGCACCGGCCGUCGCUUCUCAUUCACCGAAAUGUUCACCGGCCCAUUCCAUCGGAAGGCGUCGCUCUCCGAAUCCGACGGCUCCACUCAGCGAAAGUCUUCGAUCACCGAGAACGUGGACUUCAAGGAGUUUAUGAAGCGCCAGAAGCGGAUUCUGGAGGAGCAAUAA